ACAUUGUUAUUGCGUCUAAUUGUGCAAAAAUAAAAAUUCUUUACUAUAUGUUUAAAUAAUAUAUACAUAAUACCUUAUAAAAGUGACUUUAAUUAUUUGUAAAUAUUUACAUUACUGCUGCCAUCUUUUCAAGUUUCGUUUGUGUGCGUGCGUGAAUUGUUCGCCCUAAAAGAUUAUAUUAUUUAAAAAUGGCAGUAAUUUGUAAAUUAUUAAAAUUCACAAAUAGAUGUGAUUCUUUAAAGAAAACAGUGCUUUUUAAUGGAAAUUCAAAUUUACGAAAAUAUUGUACAAUUGUACGUGAACCAAAAGUUAAAAGAUUUAAAGGAAUUGUGAAAUUUAGUCUUGUCGGUGCUGCAUUAGGAACAGCAGUCGGUGUAAUUUAUUCUAAUCAAGAAAUAAAUAAAGCAAGAGAUAAUUUGUCAUUAGAGGGAACGCAAGUUGAGAGAAAAAUUCUAUUGGAAAAACCACCAAUUCCUCCUUCGAGAAGUAUUAUAUCACCCAUUGAUUCAACGAAUUUAGAACUUACUCUUUAUCAAUAUCAAUCUUGUCCGUUUUGCUGCAAGGUUCGAGCCUUAUUAGAUUAUUAUGGAGUUUCUUACGAUAUAGUUGAAGUGAAUCCUGUAUUUCGUACAGAAGCAAAAUGGUCACCUUAUAAAAAAGUGCCAAUUUUAUUAGCAAAAGUAAAUGGCGGUUAUCAACCAUUAAAUGACAGUUCAAUGAUAAUUUCUCUUUUGGCUUCAUAUUUUCACGAUAAUAGAAAUAAAAUAGAGGAACUUAUUAAAUUUUAUCCAAAUAUUGCUUUACACGAUGCAGAGGGUAAAUUUAAAAAUGAAAUUGUCAACAAAUAUUUUUUGAUGUAUCAAAAUUCAAUGCCUAAAGACAAAUCACUGGAUGAUGUUAUUGAAGAGCGAAAGUGGAGAAAAUGGGGAGAUGAUGUUCUUGUUCAUACACUUUCACCAAAUGCCUAUAGAACAUUAGACGAAUCGUAUCGAUCGUUUGAAAAAUUUUCAAAAGUGGGACAGUGGGAGGAAUAUUUUCCAUUUUGGCAACGAUGGGUGAUGAUAAAUGUCGGCGCUGUUGCAAUGUGGUGGCUUGGUGAUCGAUUAAAGAAAAAAUAUAAUCUUAAAGAUGAUGUUCGACAAUCAUUAUACGAUGAAGUCACUAUUUGGUUGAAAGGAAUUAAAGCACGUGGUGGACCAUUUAUGGGUGGACAAAAUCCUGAUUUGGCCGAUUUAUCCAUUUAUGGAAUUCUCAACAGUAUCGAGGGUCUAGAAGCUUUUGAUGACACAUUAAAAAAUACAAAAUUAGCAACAUGGUACAACGCUAUGAAAGAGAAAGUUGAAUCACACGCGGGAAAUCAUUUGAUAAAUUCAUAAUUUGUUCAUGUAAAAUGAUAUUAAAUUAAUUAUUUCAUCAAA